CAUUAAAAAAAAAAAAAAAACAUAUGUAACAUUAUGGACACCUUAAAAUUGUAAGGUGGAGAGAAAUUCACUCUAUUCCAUCCAAAUAAUCCUAAAAUUGAUCAUCUCCCUUGUUUAAAUAAACUAUCCCAUGAUCCCAUCUCAUUCCUUCUCUAUUCUCCAACCACCACCCUUAACUUCAAACAUGAACCUUUCAAUCAUCCUACUAUGUUUCCUAACACUAUCUUCCUCCUCCUCGACCAUCGCCACCGCCUUCAACAUAACCGAUAUCUUACAAAACUUUCCGGAUUUCAUCUUAUUCAACACUUUACUUAGCCAAACCGGCAUAGCUUCCAACAUCAACAGCCGCUCCACCGUCACACUCCUCGCCAUAGACAAUUCCACCGCGAGCCAACUCACGAGCCGACCAACCGAGACCUUAAGAAACAUCCUUAGCAUCCACGUUCUCCUAGAUUACUUUGAUACCUUGAAACUUCGUAACCUUAAGACAAGAUCGGUUGAUGUCACGACAUUGUAUCAAUCAACCGGUAUAGCACAAGGAAGACAAGGGUUUAUUAACAUAACUAAACUCCCAAACAACCAAAUCAGUUUCGCUUCCGAUGUUGUUGGAGCGAACUCGGACGUGCGUUUCAUUGGAGUUUUAGUUACACAACCGUAUAAUAUAUCUGUUAUUCAUGUUAGUGGCAUAGUUAUUGCUCCUGGGAUUGAUGAUACACUUAUCCCAUCUCCCAAACGCCCGGAUCCACCGCCAGCACCUGUCCCUGUGCCAGCACCUCCGAGUCCCGAUGAGGGUGCGGCGGAUGCCCCGGUGGAAGAUGAUAAAGCUCCUAUUCGUGCUCCAGCCCCAGCCCCAGCUCCGGCCCCCGCUCCAGCUCCAGCUUCGGCUGAAUCGCCGGAAGAUAUAGCUCCAAAUGUCGAUGAAGAUUCAGAUUCAGAUUCAGAUUCAUCGUCUAUAAGAAAGCAAACUAUUGUUGGUUUUGUGGUUAGCGUUGUCUUUAUCGUGGUAAUGCUGACAUUUGCAUGUUAA